UGUGUGUGUGAUAACCUCCUUCCCUAUGCCGUAACGCACUACUGGUUUGUGUAUUGGUGAUUGUACUGGUGAUCAGGGCGCCGCCAGGGGGAGGGGGCGUUGGUGUCACUGUUUGAAGGCUCAGUAGCGGCUCGAGUGUAGAAAGGACAAGACUCAGGCACUCACCAAGAUGACUCCUCGCUGCGGUGUGACUCUGUUGGUGAUGGUGGUGGUGGCGGCGGCGCUAUUGGGCGAGGUGGCGGCGGUGGAGCGAGGGCCAGCUAACAGAGCCACGAGGAUGAAGAACCUGAGGAAAUCAAACGUGGACAUGAAGGCGCUGAGGGAGAAGUACCUGGCGAUGCUUGAGGGAGAAGUCUGUAUCCCGAAGCAGCCCUCGCCAACGGACCCGCCCCUGCCCACCGUGCCUGACUCCUUCAUGACACAAGUGGAAUUCAAUCUCUACUCUAGCGAGAUCCAGCAAGUCAUUCAUGGCGUGGAGAUGUAUGAUGGACCAAGCCGCAGAGGAGUAAACGACUACGAUUUUGGCGCAGGUGUGGUGCUGACCCGGCCUUACCUGAAGAGAGAGGAGAUUCACUACAACCACAACAUGGACGAGGCUCUUUUUAUCAAGUCAGACGAUCCUUGCAUUAUUACUGGCGAGGAAGGCUGUGAUAUCUCCAAACACUGCACGGCGGGGAAGAUAAAGGACAUGAACGCUGAACUGCAGGAAAUAUUUGGUAUCGUGGACACCAGUGGCGGCGGGGAGUUCAUGGGGGCGAUGGGGCUUAUGGAAUUUGGGCCUUAUUUCAACUACACCUACUACGGGGAUGAGGUGUGUCGGGGGGCGAGGUGUCAGGUCUUUACUGCCUGUAUUAAUAAACCAGAGGAGGGCAACACAAGCCUUCUCUAUUCGUAUUACUGGACAACUGAUGACUGGAACGUACAAAACAAUGGCAAACCUGUUCCAAUGUAUGUUGACAUCAUGGACACCAUGAAAAACGGCUUCAUCCUUCAUGUGGAGUUCUUUGACUUCAGAAGGGAGUGGAUACCUGCCCUGGAUGAGCUUGAGCCCCCAGUGGACGUGUUCUGCGAGGGUCGAGUCAGCUACCUGGACCCACCCAAACCAAUUGAACACUUCUACUACAAGUCAGAACAAGUUGGAGGCAUGAACGUGGUGGUUCCAGAUGGCCAGGGCGGGACGGAGAGUGUUCACCUAAGAGCCAUGUUCCCGCAGGAGGAAUGGUAUGACUAUGAAAUGAAAAUCUCCCGGGUGGAUUACGUGCCUUUCUUCAUCUACGGCGCUGACAGACGCUUCGAAAACCUGACCCAGCGAGUAUUAGACUUUAACCAAGAUUUGAUGUACCAGGUGAGGCCGCGGCUGAACACCUGCAAGAUCUCACCAAUUAACACCAAUAUCACCUGGGGGGACGUGGAGGUGGGGGAGGAUGGCUCAAUUCACAUGAUGAGCCCUUGGAACUGGGAUAAAGUCUCGGAAACAAUGCAGUAUAAUGGACAGCACUGGGAGCGAGGCAUGACCGCUGACGUGUGGGUCGGGGUGAAGCCAAACCCAACAGUGAAGGUGAACGAGACGAUUGUGUGGUACUUCGCCUCGCCUUUCACUAAUGAUAUCUUGGCCAGGGACACUGCAAUCAGCUUCCCCACAUUGGACAAGGUUCCCAUCAAGCUGGAGAAGUAUCUAAGCUUCGCUGAGGGGUUGCCACAUGUCAUCUACCACGUGUACAACUUCGAGGGGAUCAUACCUCUCACACACAACCACGACGUGUCACUCUGCUUCAAACACAACCAGAUGAGACACUUCACCUUCGACCUGCCCGCAAACGCCCUCGAGAAGAGCCUAUACCUUCGCGAGAACCUCAAGUAUGCUAUAGUGGGUGCCCUGGCGGAGGCUGGCAGCGUGUCCCCCAUUAGGAUCAACAGACUGGAGCUGAACAAGACCAAGGAGGCGGUACAGGUUCUCUUCACCCUGCUGGAGAAACCGUCGUUGGUGGCUGACGUGGUGGGCAACGUGGGUGAGAACACGAUGGAUGAAGCUGCCUCAGCCAUCAAAGACAUCCUGGACGCCUCUCAGCUCAUCAUUCUGGUGCAAUAUGGCAACAGUCCUGAUCACGGUGAAAGGAGAAACAUACUCAUCACGUCCUUCGCUGCCAAACCUCACACCAUGGUGGAGGUGGAGAGGAGCGAGAACCUUCCCAGGGGCAUUGAGGUCCUGAAGGGCUAUUCCUCAGGAGACAUGGCAGGGCUGGCGGUGGGCAUGAUCGUCGCAGGACUUCUCAUGGGACUCGGCGGGAUGUAUCUGUACGGAAGGAAGAAGUAAACAUCCUCAUGAAGACUCCUACAGGAUCAAGAAGAGGAGGAGGAGGAGGAGGAGGAGGAGGAGGAGGAGGAGGAGGUGAUGAUAAAUAGGAUCUCUGUAAGUUAUAAUCCUGCACCUCCUUGUCCAUCCUACAUUAGAAUCUUUCACAGUAUCCUGCAGAUCUGAAUAAAUUUUCCUAAUGUAUGUAUGUAUGUAUCUCUCUCUCUCUCUCUCUCUCUCUCUCUCUCUCUCUCUCUCUCUCUCUCUCUUCUCUUCUGCGGUCUAUCUCUUGUCCUUCAGUGUCUUCAUUAAUUUUAUCUCAUUUCUCUUUCUUUUUUCAUCUUUUUUUAUUUAUCUUUCAAGUGAGUGUGUCUUUGUUUCUCUCUCUCUCUCUCUCUCUCUCUCUCUCUGGAAGUCCCGUACGUCAUGUCACUUAGUAUACGACAGUUUCCAUCUCGGUACGACGUUCUGAAGUGGUAUCGUUUGUGUUGCAGAGUUGCCACAUUAGAAUUAACGGUCAUAUUCAGAAACGCCUUCACUUUUCACCACGACAAAUUCUUCACGUCCCUUUUAAGACAACUGGCGGGGUUUUCAAGACAGUUUCUCCUUAUGAUCAAUUAGAGAUCUUGCUAAUCCAUUGCCAAAACUAUUAAAACACCCUUAAAAACAUGAGUAUCUUCAAUUAGAGCCUUUGGAAAUAGUCGUGGUGAGAGUACAAAGAGAUUCUGAAUAGCCCUAUAAGAUUUAAUGCUAAUCUUGAUCCGAGAGGACUCCAAAUAAAGCGUAAGAUUUGG